GGGGUAAUACGGGGCUUGAGCUUGGGAAGAGGGCGAGGGAAGCAAGUUAGACGUCGGCCUGGCGGCGGCGGCGGCGGCGGCGGUACCGCAACCGUCCAAUAUUUAUCUAAUUGCCCAACGACCACUGAUGAAGAUAGGUUGGAGUAACUGCUGAAACUGAAUUUUAUUGACCAGAAGACAGUCCAUUUGUUUCACUUCUUUUUGUUUUCCCUACUGCUUUGAGCUUUACUGUAACGGCUGAAAAACUUGGAAAAUAAAAUGAACAUGCUGUGGUCUUGAACUUUUUUUUUUUUUGAGGAAAAAUUAAAGUGCCAGAGUGAAAGCCAGAAUGGCAUCCAGAGAGAGACUCUUUGAACUUUGGAUGCUUUAUUGUGCGAAGAAAGAUCCAGAUUACCUGAAGCUGUGGUUGGACAAUUUUGUUUCUAGCUAUGAACAAUUCUUAGAUGUUGACUUUGAAAAGCUGCCUACCAGGGUAGAUGAUGUGCCUCCAGGAAUAUCUCUGCUUCCUGAUAAUAUUCUGCAGGUUCUGAGGACCCAGCUUCUACAGUGUGUUCAGAAAGUGGCAGAUGGGUUAGAGGAAGAACAACAAGCCUUGUCAAUUUUGCUUGUCAAGUUCUUCAUUAUUCUUUGCAGAAAUCUAUCUAAUGUAGAAGAAAUUGGGACUUGUUCGUAUAUCAAUCAUGUUAUUACUAUGACAACACUCUAUAUUCAACAAUUAAAAAGCAAAAAAAAAGAGAAGGAAUUGGCAGAUCAGACAUCUAUCGAAGAAUUUGUGAUCCAUGCGUUGGCAUUUUGUGAAAGUUUAUAUGACCCAUAUCGGAAUUGGAGGCAUAGAAUUUCAGGACGAAUCCUUAGUACUGUGGAAAAGAGCAGACAGAAAUAUAAACCAGCUUCUCUCACAGUGGAGUUUGUCCCUUUCUUUUAUCAAUGUUUUCAAGAAAGUGAGCAUCUCAAGGAAAGCCUUAAGUGUUGCUUAUUGCAUCUCUUUGGAGCCAUUGUAGCUGGUGGGCAGAGGAAUGCUUUGCAAGCAAUUUCUCCAGCCACCAUGGAGGUUCUCAUGAGAGUUUUGGCCGAUUGUGAUUCUUGGGAGGACGGAAAUCCUGAAGAAGUGGGUAGGAAGGUGGAACUUACUCUGAAGUGCCUUACAGAGGUGGUACAUAUCCUUCUCACUAGCAGCUCUGAUCAGCGUCAAGUGGAAACCAGCACUAUUUUGGAGAACUAUUUUAAAUUGCUAAAUUCAGAUCAUUCAGCUUUACCUAAUCAAAGGAGGUCCAGACUGUGGGAAAGCCGGUUCAUAGCUCUACAGAUCAAAAUGCUGAAUACCAUUACAGCCAUGUUAGACUGCAGAGAUAGGCCUGUUCUUCAGGCUAUUUUUCUUAACAGUAAUUGCUUUGAACAUCUCAUACGACUGCUACAGAACUGCAAGCUAUUUUUAAAUGCUAACAGUAAGGUGGCAGACAAGAACGAGAAAGACCUUGCCAACAAAUUACUGACAGAAAUGAAUGAGGACCAGGUGUUUCAGGCACAGUUGGAUUGUUUGGCCGUAUCAACCAUUCAGGCUUUGACAGCCGUAAUGAACAAAUCUCCAGCUGCUAAGGAAGUAUUUAAGGAAAGAAUUGGUUAUACACAUAUGUUUGAAGUAUUAAAAUCAAUGGGUCAGCCACCACUGGAACUUCUUAAAGAACUUAUGAAUAUGGCUGUAGAGGGUGAUCACACUUCAGUUGGAAUUUUGGGCAUUAGUAAUGUCCAGCCUCUCUUGCUUCUUAUCCAGUGGCUUCCAGAGCUAGAAUCCCAUGACCUGCAAAUCUUCAUCUCUGAUUGGCUGAAAAGAAUUUGUUGUAUUAAUAGGCAGAGUCGAACUACUUGUGUCAAUGCAAACAUGGGAAUUAGAAUCACUGAAACCCUUAAUUCCCAUUCUUCCCUCCAUCGAACUUGUGCUGAGAACUUGAUUGCACUCCAUGGUUCAUUGGGGAGUCAGUCAGUGAGCUCAGAAGAAAUCCGUCAACUGCUAAGAUUGUUGAGAGUGGAUGAAUCUGAGUACAUUCACCCCUAUACCACUCUUGUAACUCGAGCAAUCCUGACAAUGGCCCGAAAACAAAGUCUAGAGAGUGCACUGCAGUAUUUUAAUUUGUCACAUAGUAUGGCAGGAAUUUCUGUGCCUUCCAUACAGAAAUGGCCAGGGUCUGCCUUUUCUUUCAAUGCUUGGUUUUGCUUAGAUCAGGAUCAGUUGACUCUUGGCAAUGCUAACAAAGGAGGAAAAAGAAAACAAUUAUACAGCUUUUUUACAGGAAGUGGCAUGGGUUUUGAAGCUUUUAUUACCCAUUCAGGUAUGUUGGUUGUGGCAGUGUGCACGAAAAGAGAAUAUGCAACAGUUAUGCUUCCUGACCACAGUUUCUGUGAUUCCCUCUGGCACAACAUAACCAUUGUUCACAUGCCUGGAAAAAGGCCCUUUGGUCAGAGCCUUGUAUAUAUCUAUGACAAUGGACAGCAGAAGGUCUCUGCCCCUCUGAGAUUUCCUGCCACGAAUGAACCUUUUAUUUCUUGCUGUAUUGGUUCAGCUGGGCAAAGAACCACCACUCCUCCACCAUCCCAAAUCCCAGAUCCACCUUUUUCUUCUCCCAUUACCCCUCAUCGAACAUCAUUUGGUGGAAUUUUGUCCUCAGCUUCCUGGGGAGGAACAAUGGAAAAAUCAAAGUUGAUUACCAAAUUGAUAUCAGCUGGAACACAAGACAGUGAAUGGGGGUGUCCCACAUCUCUGGAGGGUCAGCUGGGGUCUGUUAUCAUCUUCUAUGAAGCACUGCAACCUCUUCAGGUGAAGGCAUUAUAUUUAGCAGGUCCAAACUGUUUAAGCCCUUGGAAAUUUCAAGAGUCUGACAUGGCUGACCUGCCUGGUAACGUCCUUCUUCACUACACUGCAAAGGCCUGCAAAAAUUCAAUCUGUCUUGAUUUAUCUACUAAUUGUUUGCAUGGAAGGUUAACAGGAAACAAAGUAGUAAACUGGGACAUUAAGGACAGCAUAAACUGCAUAGGUGGAUUAAAUGUACUCUUUCCUCUAAUGGAACAAAUCAGCCACUUUGGUGAAGGACAGAUUCCUGAGGGAUUGAAUGAAAGCACAGUUUCUGAAUUGAUAACACCUGUAGAAGGAGAUUGGGUGGUAUUGAACUCCACAAAGGCAUCAGAGUCAAGACUAGAGAGAAAUUUAAUUGCAACAUUUAUCUUGAUUGUGAAACACUUUAUUCAAAAACAUCCUAUUAACCAGGACAAUCUUAUUCACUCCCAUGGAAUUGCCAUUCUUGGUGCCUUACUUCAGAAGGUGCCAAGCACCUUGAUGGAUGUUAAUGUAUUGAUGGCAAUUCAAUUACUCAUUGAACAGGUAUCAUUAGAGAAAAAUAUGCAGCUCCUGCAACAAAUGUAUCAGUAUUUACUCUUUGACUUCCGUAUUUGGAACCGUGGAGAUUUUCCCUUUCGAAUUGGUCACAUACAGUAUCUUUCCACCAUCGUCAAGGACAGCAGGAGAGUUUUCCGAAAGAAGUAUGGUGUACAGUUUCUCCUAGAUACACUUAGGAUUUAUUAUGGGAGUGAUUGUAAAUAUAGUGAGCUGUCUCUAGAUGAUAUUCGAACAAUAAGGACUUCUUUGUAUGGACUAAUUAAAUAUUUCCUGUGCAAAGGCGGAACUCAUGAAGAGAUACAAAGUAUUAUGGGUUAUGUAUCUGCUAUCAAUGAAGAAGAACAGCUUUUUGGAAUUUUGGACAUACUGUUCGGUCUCCUACGUACCAGCCCAACUAGAGGUCAACUUUUCUUACUGCUGUUUGAACCAGGAAAUGCUGACAUACUUUAUGCCUUGCUCUUAAAUCAGAAAUACUCUGACAGACUAAGAGAAAUCAUUUUUAAGGUUAUGGAACAGAUGUUGAAAUGCACGAACGUUUAUGAACGAAGUAAACAACGUAUUCGACUUAGAGAAGUUGGCUACUCAGGAUUAGGGCUCCUUCUUAAUGAAGCACCUGUUAAUACUUCUCUCAUUAAAAGUCUCACCAAUCAAAUUAUAAAUACAGAUCCUGCUAUUAAUUUCAAAGAUCUGUUAUCUGUGGUAUAUAUAUCUCACAGAGCACGUAUAAAUGUCAGGGUGGUCAUCUGCAGAAAGAUUUUACAGAUUUUACAGUCCCAGUCAGAUGCAGCACAUCAAAUAUCUCAACAAGUGGGUUGGCAAGACACUUUAGUUAGGCUUUUUUUAAAAGCAAAUUUUGAAAAUGGAAAUACUCUUCAUAAGCACAGUAAGGCUGUUGUAAUGAAAGACAAUGAUAAAAAUAUAUCAGCUGAAGAUAUGAAGAGGAACUCUGAUGAAAAGACAGAUGAGGAAAAAAUCAGCUCUUUUGCCUCAGCUCAUGUGUCUUCAGAUCAGUGGAGUUUGGAGGAUAGACACUCCCUAGACUCCAACACACCAUUAUUUCAAGAAGAUAGCUUGAUGGGAGAAUUAUCUUUCAAAUCAGAGAAUCGAGGAGAAUUCUGGCAUAAUAACCCUUCACAUUUGAGUUUAGAUCUCAGUGGAAUUGAUUCAUGUGAACUGAGUGAGAGUGGAAGUCAAAUGCCAGACAGCUUGCCUAGCACGCCAUCCCCGAUAGAGUCCACUAAGUCAUUUUCUGUGCAGUCUGACAAAGAAAGCAGCAUCACAAAUGAUGUGGGCUUUAGUGAUGACUUCUCUUUACUUGAAAACCAAGAGAGAUGUGAGGAAGAGCUUAUUGAAUUACUGACAAAUAUUUUGAACUGUGUAAUGUGUAAGGGACUAGAAAAGUCUGAUGACGAUACUUGGAUUGAACGGGGACAAGUGUUUUCGGCACUAACUAAACCAGGAAUAUCCAGUGAGCUACUUCGACCAUCAGAUGAAAUAAAACUAAUUUUGCUACAGAAGAUGUUAGAAUGGGCAGUCACAGAAAACAGAGAAGCAAAAUUUAAUCCAGUAACUGCUGAAAAUGCUUUCCGACUCAUGCUGAUCAUACAGGACUUUCUGCAGUCAGAGGGACUAGUUAAUUCGAACAUGUGGACUGAGAAGCUUUUAGAGGAUAUGAUGCUGCUCUUCGACGGUCUGUCAGUUUGGUAUUCUGAAAGUCCAGUAUGGGUGAAACUCUCUCAGAUUCAAAUCCAGAUGCUUCUAGGCUUCAUUGGAAGGGGUAAUUUGCAGGUUUGUGCAGUGGCAUCAGCUAAGCUAAACACCCUUCUUCAGACCAAGGUGAUUGAAAAUCAGGAUGAAGCAUGUUACAUUUUAGGGAAGCUGGAACAUGUUCUAAGUCAAUCAAUCAAGGAACAGACUGAAAUAUACUCAUUUCUGAUUCCGCUUGUCCGUACCCUGGUUUCCAAAAUUUAUGAGCUUCUCUUCAUGAACUUGCAUCUGCCUUCUUUACCUUUUACCAAUGGAAGCUCUUCAUUUUUUGAAGAUUUUCAAGAAUAUUGCAGUUCAAAUGAAUGGCAAGUUUACAUUGAAAAAUAUAUUGUACCUUAUAUGAAGCAGUAUGAAACCCAUGCAUUCUAUGAUGGUCAUGAGAGCAUGGCACUAUACUGGAAGGAUUGUUAUGAAGCCUUAAUGGUGAAUAUGCAUAAACGAGACCGGGAAGGGGGAGAGAGCAAGCUCAAGUUUCAGGAGUUUUUUGUGGAGCCAUUUAAUCGAAAAGCACGCCAAGAGAACUUGAGGUAUAAUAAUAUGCUUAAACAACUUAGCAGUCCACAGUUAGCCACUCUGAGACGCUGGAAGGCAAUAAAGCUCUAUCUUACAUGUGAAAGGGGACCUUGGGCUGAAAGGAAACAAAGUCCAAUUCACUGGAAGCUAGCUAACGUAGAAAAUUAUUCCCGCAUGAGACUUAAAUUGGUGCCAAAUUAUAACUUCAAAACCCAUGAUGAAGCUAGUGCUUUGAGAGAUAAUCUAGGUAUCCAGCACUCGCAGCCUUCCACUGAUUCACUGCUUUUGGAAGUAGUGAAACAAGUAAAAGUUAGUGAUAUGGAGGAGGAUAAAUUAGAUCUUCCUGAAGAGGAAAUAACAGCCAGAGUAAAUAUUGAUGAGAAAGAAGAACAGGAUCAAAAAGAAAAAUUGGUGUUGUUGGAAGACUGUGAACUCAUUACAAUAAUUGACAUAAUUCCUGGCAGAUUAGAAAUCACUACUCAACACAUUUACUUCUAUGAUGGCAGCAUUGAAAAAGAGGACGGAGUAGGCUUUGAUUUCAAGUGGCCUCACUCUCAAGUUCGAGAGAUCCACCUACGACGGUACAACUUAAGGAGGUCAGCCCUUGAGAUUUUUCAUGUUGAUCAAUCCAACUACUUUCUCAAUUUCAAAAAAGAGGUUAGGAACAAAGUAUAUAGCAGACUGUUGUCACUUCAUUCUCCAAAUAGUUAUGGAACCAGAUCACCACAGGAGUUAUUCAAAGCAUCAGGAUUGACACAGAAAUGGGUAAACAGAGAGAUAUCAAAUUUUGACUACCUCAUUCAAUUAAAUACAAUGGCAGGACGAACCUAUAAUGAUCUUGCACAGUAUCCUGUGUUCCCCUGGAUUUUACAAGAUUAUACUUCAGAAGAGUUGGAUCUUAAUAACCCAUCUGUAUUUCGAGAUCUAUCCAAACCAAUUGGGGUAGUUAAUGAUAAAAAUGCCAAAGCCAUGCGAGAAAAAUACGAAAAUUUUGAGGAUCCUAUGGGAACUAUUGAUAAAUUUCAUUAUGGUACUCACUAUUCAAAUUCUGCCGGGGUUAUGCACUAUCUUAUUCGUACAGAACCAUUCACCACCCUCCACAUCCAGCUUCAGAGUGGAAGGUUUGACUGUGCAGAUCGACAAUUCCAUUCCAUCCCUGCUACCUGGCAGGCUCUCAUGGACAAUCCAUAUGAUGUGAAGGAACUUAUUCCUGAAUUCUUCUAUUUCCCAGAAUUUUUGGAAAAUCAAAAUCAAUUUAACUUGGGUCGUCUACAAGUUUCCAGAGAACUAGUAAAUGAUGUCAUUCUCCCCAAAUGGGCUAAGUCAGCUGAAGAUUUCAUCUAUAAACAUAGGAAAGCUCUGGAGUCUGAAUAUGUUUCUGCUCAUCUUCAUGAAUGGAUAGAUCUGAUUUUUGGCUAUAAACAGAGGGGGCCAGCUGCAGUGGAGGCACUCAACGUUUUCUAUUACUGUAGUUAUGAAGGAGCUGUGGAUCUGGAUGCCUUAACAGAUGAGAAGGAAAGAAAAGCCUUAGAAGGGAUGAUUAACAAUUUUGGGCAAACACCUUGUCAACUGUUAAAGGAACCACACCCUUCUAGAUUAUCAGCAGAGGAAGCAGUGCAGAAGCAAACCAAAACAGACACUUCAACCUUUAACUUAUUUCAACACCUCCCUGAACUCAAGUCAUUUUUUAUAGAGGGAAUUAGUGAUGGUAUUCCACUAAUAAAGGCCAUUGUCCCCAAAAAUCAGUCUCGUUCUUUUAUUUCACAAGGCAGUCCUGAGUUACUGAUAACAGUAAGCAUGAAUUACGUUAUUGGAACCCAUGGAUGGCUGCCUUAUGACAGAAACAUUUAUAAUUACUUUACAUUCAUCAGGGAUCAAACUGUGACAAAUCCAAAAACUCAGCGUAGUAUGAAUGGACCUUUUGCUCCAGGGCUGGAGAUCACUUCUAAGCUAUUUAUAGUAUCACAUGAUGCGAAGUUGCUUUUUAGUGCUGGACACUGGGAUAAUAGCAUUCAAGUGAUGUCACUUACAAAAGGCAAAAUUGUUUCACACAAUAUCAGACAUAUGGAUAUUGUGACUUGUUUAGCUACAGAUUACUGUGGAAUACAUUUGAUUUCUGGUUCCAGAGAUACUACAUGUAUGGUAUGGCAGAUAACGCAACAGGGAGGUGUUCCUGUGGGCCUAGCAUCUAAACCAUUUCAGAUUCUGUACGGACACACUGAUGAGGUAUUGAGUGUUGGCAUCAGCACUGAGCUAGACAUGGCAGUGUCAGGAUCAAGGGAUGGCACUGUGAUUAUACAUACCAUUCAGAAAGGUCAGUAUAUGCGGACUUUACGACCACCUUGUGAGAGUUCUCUGCUCCUGACCAUUCCCAAUUUGGCUAUAUCUUGGGAAGGACAUAUUGUCAUCUACUCCAGCAUUGAAGAAAGUACCACCCUCAAGGAUAAGAAUGCAUUGCAUUUGUUUUCUGUAAAUGGCAAGUAUCUACAGUCUCAAGUCCUGAAGGAACAAGUAUCAGAUAUAUGUGUAAUUGGAGAGCACAUUGUCACAGGCAGCUUACAAGGAUUCCUGUCCAUAAGAGAUCUCCACAGUUUGAAUCUCAGCAUCAACCCAUUAGCCAUGCGAUCGCCUAUCCACUGUGUUUAUGUAACCAAAGAAUAUAGCCAUAUUCUUGUAGGAUUAGAAGAUGGCAAAUUGAUUGUCGUGGGUGUUGGCAAACCAGCUGAGAUGCGCUCAGGUCAGCUUUCUCGAAAAUUGUGGGGAUCUAACAAGCGGCUCAGCCAAAUUUCAGCUGGAGAGACUGAAUAUAAUACUCAAGAUUCCAAGUGAUUGUUAUUUCUGCCUUCUGUCAUGGAUAACUGAAAUUUGAUUUAUUGCUUUGUCACUUCAAUCUGUGACAGAUUAAAUGUGACAUUAAAUCACUUUAAUAUCACAUCUCUCAACUAUCUUAAAUGUUUCAGGGCUGUUAUCCCUGAAAAUCAUUUAGGGAUUACCAAAAUUUGGUAUCUUAUAUGUA